GUAUCGCUCUAUCUAUCGUCGUGUGCCUGCUCUAGCCGGGAUUCGGCCUGGACUGCCAGCCCAGCGUCUGUUCUCUACCAAACCACCUCUACCGCAACUUCGUGCAGCAUUCAAGCCAAUCUCUACAGCUGUUGCCUUAACAACGGCCGCCUCGCUCCUUUACUUAACCAAGCCUGCUAUAGAAGCCGAAGCCAGUGGUCCCAUGGUAUCAAACACUCCAGCAUCUACAACGAUCGCGGAACUCUUGGAUGACCAGAGCCGUACGGUGAUGCAAGCCAAAUCAAACUCGGAACUUGUUCUGGCCUUGUUUGUGUACAAAUUAUGUUCAUUUACCUGGCUUGUUGAGGCCGCUCCUCAAAUGAUUGAGUUCGCCGAGAAGGUUGGCUUGGAGACUCCUGUUUACUAUGUGAUCCGCAAUACUUUCUUCCGACAUUUCUGUGGAGGAGAAAAUCCAGAAGAAUGUCUUGAACCAAUGAGUCGCUUAUCUCGGUCUGGUAUCGAUUGUAUUUUCGAUUUGAGUGUGGAAGCAGAUCUUGCCGAUGGCAGUCCCUCGCAGGAGCAGCAAGACGCCAUGGCUGAAAAAAUUACUCGUAUGACCGAGCAUUCAAUCCGAACAGCAAGUCAGGGGAAUUCCGUUGCUGGUGCGUUUGCAGCAAUCAAGAUCACUGCUUUUGGCGCCCCGGCCCUUCUCCUGCGUCUCAACCAAGCCAUUGCCAGCCUUCAGCUGUCCUUUCAAGACCACCAGAAACUUGGAAAGGUUGAUGCCGACGGUGUCGAGGCAAUUAUUAAUAAGCUUUUGCCUACCGAUUCUGAGGAACACAAGAUCAUGCGUACUCAGGUGGUCCAGCGUCUGCGCCAAGAGAAGCUCAGUCUCGAUCGGAUAGAAUUUACAAAACUGUUCGACAUCCAGGGGCCUUAUCGCGACAUAUGGUGGAAGGCACAACCAGGGGAAGGGCUUUUGGACGCGGAGGAGUUGGAAGCUUAUGACCGUAUGAUUGCACGUCUAGAGCGAGUUUGUAGCUUGGGACAAGAACUCAAGACAGGAAUCAUGGUUGACGCCGAGCAGUCUUAUUUCCAGGAAGCUAUUGACUAUAUUGCUAUGAACCUCCAAGAGAAAUAUAAUAAGCGUACACUUGAGGAUAAUAGUGGGCCCGUUGUCUUCAAUACAUAUCAAAUGUACACCAAGUCCGCACAGGGAAAGCUUGAGUUGGAUGUGGAGCGUGCAGGUCGCAACAAUUUUACCUUUGCUGCUAAACUGGUUCGCGGUGCUUACAUGGUGUCUGAACGCAAGCGCGCACAACAGCUUAAUUAUCCUUCACCUAUUCAUGAUUCACUCGAGGACACCCACGCAUCUUACAAUGGUGGUAUUACCUUUUUGCUCUCAAAGUUACAGGUCUUCCAAGAGACCACAGGAGAACCAGUCCAGGCCUCAAACUCCCCUGUCGUAUUUAUGGUUGCAUCACACAACAGAGACUCUGUUAUUUUGACGAUCCAGGAAAUGGAAAAAAAUAAUGUAUCUCGCCAUGCAGGUGUGGUCCAUUUUGGUCAGCUUUUUGGCAUGCAGGAUCCUAUCUCAUACACCCUCGGCCGUCACGGAUACUCUAUUUAUAAGUACCUUCCUUAUGGCGCAAUUCAUGAAGUCAUUCCUUACCUCUUGCGCCGUGCUCAAGAAAACUCGGCUGUUCUCGGUGGAGUAACCAAAGAGCGUGCUCUCAUGGCCGCUGAACUCAAGGAUCGUUUGGUUGGAAAUAAUAUUUCACGCAAGCCAACUGUACCUAGAGCAUCUACAGCUUAGAAUUAAACAAAAGACAAAGAAAAAGACCAAGUAAUAGUAAUAAUAAUAAUAAUAAUAAUAAUAAUAAUAAU